AUGGACGGCAAUGUACCUGUUCUUGAGCCCCCUACCCGCGGCACCGAAACGCUCGGUCCUUCCGCUGAGGCAGCCAGAGGGGGUUUGAUAAGCUCGUUUUUAGCGCCUUUCAAAAGCGUGUUCGGUAUUGGCAAAAAGAAAGGGUCGCCGGAAUCGUUGGCUCCGGCAGGCGGUCCGCCAGGGGGGCAAAAUGGAGGGGGCCGGACAAAACGAGCCAAGGGCCAGAAGAAACAAGAGAAGCGAGUUUCGAUCUGGCGGCUCUUCCGAUAUGCCGAUGGGUUGGAUAUAGCGCUGAUGGUGGUUGGCAGCAUUGCGGCGAUAGCCUCCGGGGUGGCGCGCCCGCUUAUGACGCUCCUGCUGGGCCGGCUUAUCAACGCGUUCGGGGCUAACCUGUCAGACCCUAACUACCUGUAUAACCAGGUGGUUAAGAUUGCGCUCGACUUUCUGUACCUGGCGCUUGGGGCUGGCGUUGCUGGGUAUCUUGGCAUGGCGCUGUGGACGUUGGCUGGAGAGCGGCAAGCGACCCGCAUCCGGAAGCGUUAUCUCAAGGCGAUUCUGCGGCAGGACAUCGGUUUCUUCGACGUGGAGACGUCGACGGGAGAGGUGGUCGGGCGCAUGACGGGGGACACGCUGCUCAUCCAGGACGCCAUGAGCGAGAAGGUGGAAGCUUUCAUCCGGCUGAUGGCGCAGGCGGUCGCGGGCUUCGUGAUCGCGUUCACGCGCGGCUGGCUGCUCGCGCUGGUGCUCAUGUCCUGCCUCCCGCUGCUAGUUCUCUCGGGCGGCCUCAUGAUGAUGCGCAUGGCCAAGCUCGCGACGGAGGGGCAGCAGGCGUACGCCGAGGCGGGCAGCCUCGUCGAACAGGUUGUGGGCGCCAUUCGUACGGUUGCGUCCUUCGUGGGCGAGCGCAAGGCGGUGCAGCAAUACGACGCCCGCAUCGAACAGGCGUACAAAACAGGCGUCAAGAGCCGCGCGAGUUCUGGGCUCGGCUUGGGCACCAUGAUCGGCGUGCUCUACGCGACCUACUCGCUCGCGCUGUGGUACGGGUCGCGGCUGAUUGCGAGCCACGGGUACAACGGCGGGGAGGUGCUGAACGUGCUGAUGGCCGUACUUAUCGGCGGCAUGUCCCUGGGCCAGACCUCCCCCAGCCUGGCCGCCUUCGGCGCGGGCCAGGCGGCCGCGUGGAAGAUGUUCUCGGUGAUCGAGCGCCGGCCGUCGAUUGACCACGAGGAUGAGACCGGGAUGACCCUCCCAGCCGUCAAAGGCGACAUCCGGCUAGCCGACGUGCACUUCACUUACCCUGCGCGUCCCGACGUCCCAAUCUUCCAGGGCUUCGACUUGUUCAUCCCAUCGGGACGGACGGUCGCGCUUGUGGGCGAGUCCGGGUCCGGAAAGUCGACUAUCAUCAGCCUCGUUGAGCGCUUCUACGACCCCCAGGAAGGCGCAGUGAUGUUGGACGGUAUCGACAUCCGGAAGUUCCAGGUGAAGUGGUUACGUCAGCAGAUUGGGCUGGUCUCGCAAGAACCGGCCCUCUUCACAGCCAGCAUUCUGGAGAACGUGAGCUAUGGCAAAGAGUCGGCGACCAAGGAAGAGGUGGUCGCAGCCUGCAAGGCCGCCAACGCGCACAAGUUCAUCACCAAGCUGCCGGAAGGCUACAACACGCAGGUGGGCGAGCGCGGAAUCUCGUUGUCCGGCGGUCAGAAGCAGCGGAUCGCAAUCGCGCGGGCAAUUCUCAAGAACCCGCGCAUCCUGCUGUUGGACGAGGCGACGAGUGCCUUAGACACCGAAAGUGAGCGCAAGGUUCAGGCCGCGCUGGACCAGGUUAUGGUGGGACGGACGACCGUUGUCGUGGCGCAUCGCCUGAGCACGGUCAUAAAUGCGGACAAGAUCGCGGUCGUGCAGCGGGGCCAUAUUGUGGAGGAAGGGCCGCACGCGCAAUUGAUGGCCAACGAGAACGGGGCAUAUGCCGCGCUGGUGAAGCUCCAGGCGAUGGCGGCAACCCGCAAACCCGCCAAACCUCCCACCCUCCUCCGCGCCGCCAGCAGCGGCCGCGGCCGCGACCGCGCCCUGAUCUCCCGCAACAGUAACGGCGGCAGCAGUCAUCACGACAGCCACAGCUUCAUUCUGAGGUCACUCACCGUCAGCCUCAGCGGCGGGAGUGACCUCGGCAUGACGUCACGGAGAGUUGGGUUCGCUGACGACAUUGAGGAGACGACGUCAGAGCCGCCCGAGCGGCGCAAGCGCGGCCGCGGGGUCUGGGGGUUCUGGAGGAAGCGCGGCCGCGGGGACGAGGAGGCGGGGACGCGAGAUGAGGCUCCGAGCAUCCCGCUUGGCCGCCUCGCGCGGCUCGCCCGACCCGAGUGGCUCAUCGCGCUUGCUGGCGUCAUUGUCACCGGCUGCAACGGCGCGAUCAUGCCCAUUUUUGCGCUGCUCCUCUCGCGCAUCAUCAACGUGUUCUACAACCCGGACCUAAGCGCGAUGAAGAAGAAGGCGGACUUCUGGGCGGGCAUGUUUCUCAUGCUCGCAAUUCUCAGCUUCGUGUUGCUGAAUUUGCAAUACGCGCUGUUCGGUGUCAUGGGCGAGCGGCUGAUCCGGCGGGUGCGCCACCUGACGUUCAAGGCGGUGCUGCGCCAGGACGUUGCGUGGUUCGACGACGAAAAGAAUUCCACAGGCGCGGUCGGCUCCCGCCUCGAGAACGACGCGUCCGGGGUGAAGGGCAUCGUGGGCGACCAGCUGGCGCUUCUGACGCAGAAUGGCAUCACGCUCAUCAUUGGUUUCGUCAUCGCGUUCCUGGCCAACUGGAAGCUGACGCUUGUCGUGCUCUCGGUCAUGCCGCUCCUGAUCCUGUCGGGCUACUGCCAGAUCUACAUCUUGAAGGGCUCCUCUCAGAAAGCCAAGGUUAUGUACGAGGGCGCUAGCCAGGUGGCAAACGACGCGACGGGAAACAUCCGUACGGUCGCCGCCUUCGGCGCGGAGCAGCACGUCAUGGACCUCUACGACGCGCGGACGGCGGGGCCGCAGAAGGAGGGUGUGAAAAGGUCCCAGAUUAACGGCGCGGCUUUGGGCUUCAACCAGUUUGUGUCAUACGCUGUCUACAGUCUGGCCUUUUGGUACGGGGGAACUCUGGUUAGGGACGGAAGCACCACCUUCCAGAACGUUUUCCAAGUGUUCUUCGCGAUUGCGCUGAGCGCGCAGGGCGUCGCGCAGGGCACCGCGAUGGCGCCCGACAUCGGCAAGGCGAAGGCCGCCGUGCAGUCGAUCUUCGCGGUGCUGGACCGCAAGCCCGCCGUGGACGCGGAUGACGUCAGCGGGAAGAAGGUGGAGCGGCUGGAGGGGAGCAUCGCCUUCAGGGACGUCGACUUCGCGUACCCGUCCCGCCCCCACGUCCAGGUUUUCAACAAGAUGACGUUCGACGUGUCCCCUGGGCAGACAGUCGCUCUGGUGGGCGAGAGCGGCUCCGGCAAGUCGACGGUUAUCUCUCUCGUGGAGCGCUUCUACGAUCCGCAAGGCGGGACCGUCAUGAUCGACGGCUUGGACGUUAGGAAGUAUCAGCUCAAGUCCCUCCGCCAGAACAUGGGCCUGGUGAGCCAGGAGCCGAACCUCUUCGCGCUGUCCAUUCGCGACAACAUUACGUACGGAAAAGACCGCGCCACCGAUGAGGAGAUCGAGGCAGCCGCGCGCGCGGCCAACGCGUGGGGCUUCAUCAGCGCGCUGCCGCAGGGGCUGGAUACGCAGGUGGGCGAGCGCGGCGUCCAGCUGUCCGGCGGUCAGAAGCAGCGGGUCGCCAUCGCACGGGCCAUGCUCAAGGACCCGCGCAUUUUGCUGCUCGAUGAGGCGACCAGUGCGCUGGACGCCGAGUCGGAGCGGUUGGUCCAAGAAGCGCUGAACCGCAUCAUGAAAGGGCGCACCACGAUCGUGAUCGCGCACCGGCUCACGACCAUUCGGAACGCGCACAAAAUCAUGGUGGUCAAAGGGGGGCGAAUCGUGGAGCAGGGAACGCAUGCGGAGUUAGAGGAGAAGGAGGGGGGCGCGUAUCGGAAUCUUGUGCUGCUGAGUGAUGCAUCGACGUCGUGAAAAGGGGGAUUCGGUUCACAGGGGUAAUUUGUUGCGCGGGGGGGGUGCCAAUUGUCGAACGUUGGAUGCAUGCGAAGUUGGAUGAGAAGGAUCGGGGCGCACAUCAAAUCUGGCGAUGUUUGACUUGUCAUGGGGCAAAGGCAACAGAGGAUUUGGAACGCGAACAGAAAAGUCUACGAAAAGUCGACUUUGGUUCAGCUUGAGUGUUGGAUCUAUUGUGUACAUACGGAAUAAGAUCCACAGCGGUUGCCCGAGGGAGAAAUUUAGUUUGGUCGCUUAGAUUUGCGAGAAAAGCUUCGUGUUAAGAGGCUGCUUGGAAGGAAAGUCGUGAAAGAGAUGAUAAUGACACGAGUUGAAUGUAGGCGAGUCGCCUCAGUACAUAGUUUGAGCGCAGGGAUCGGAAAUCUGACCCUAACGGAAGAAAGCGAUAAUUGAGGGACCAAAGAGUUGUAAAUGAGCACGGACGAUGUGCCCCGGACGAGGAUUGUUUCCUUAACGGCAAAGAGUGGAGGGUGUGGAUUUGACGACGGUGAGAGUCUGUAGUACGAGCAUACUGCGGUAGGAAGUAGGACGCUAGCUAGCCACAUUUGUUUCGAGACGAAUUUCGAGUUUGUAAGGAUAGGAAAGCGCGCGCAUACUUGAUCUUUCGUAGACUAUUCCAGAUUGUUUCAACCUAGAGAUGCAUUUCUGGACAAUCAAAUUCCCUUUUGCAAAGUUUGGGGGCGGAUAAACAUUCAGAAGUCCUCACUGACACGCCAGUUUCAAUUGUUAAAAUCUGUCAUCGACUACAAUCAGCAGUGGACGCAUUCUUCACGAAUCUGCAGUGCGGCAAGGUACUCGUGUGACAGUUUCUUAUCUGCAG